AUGUCCCCACGGGGGGGUGAUUCCCCCUCGUCCCCGCUGUCCCCUCACACCCACAAUGUCCCCACGGGGGGUGAUUCCCCCUCGUCCCCGCUGUCCCCUCACACCCACAAUGUCCCCACGGGGGGUGAUUCCCCAGCCCCGCAUAGCACACCGGCCGCGCCGCCAGGGGGCGCCCUCUCCCCCGUACUUUCCCCCGCGCGCCCUCGGCCCCGCCCGCCGCCGGAAAUGGCCCCGUCCCGGAGUCCUGCGCGCUCUCGUUCCUUCCGGUGCGGCGCCAUCGUCGCGGGGCUGGUGGGGCCGGCUGUAUCUGUGUCCAUCCGCGUCCAUCGGGCCCGGGCGCCGUAG